GAGGUGGUAGCGGCGGCAGCAGCAGCAACAGCGACGGUGCCGGCCGGGUCAGGAAAAUGGCUGCGGCUACGGCUGCUGUUCCUGUGAACCUGCGGCUCGGAGACCUGGUGUGGGGGAAGCUGGGCCGAUAUCCUCCUUGGCCAGGAAAGAUUGUUAACCCGCCUAAGGACCUGAAGAAGCCUCGUGGGAAGAAGUGCUUCUUUGUGAAGUUUUUUGGGACUGAAGAUCAUCUUCCCGUGCUUGAGGAGCUGGAGCCCAAACUGCAUCAACCACGUACAAGAGAGAGUGCUUGGAUUAAAGUGGAGCAGCUGAAGCCUUAUCAUGCCCACAAAGAGGAAAUGAUCAAAAUUAACAAAGGCAAGAGGUUCCAGCAAGCUGUGGAUGCUGUGGAAGAAUUCCUCAAAAAAGGCAAAGGCAAGGACCAGGCUUCUUCUCAUAACUCCACCGAAGAGAAGAAUCGGCGGAAUUCGAGUGAAGAGAGGGGCAAGCAGUCAGUGGGAGAAGAGAAACACAAAGCCAAUUUGUCUGAAGGGAAGCCGAAGAAGAGGGUGUCUUCCGUUUCUUCAGAGCGAGGCUCAAAAUCCCCUCUGAAGAGAACGUAUGAGCAAAGCCCCCGGAAGCGAGGGCGCCCCCCUAAAGAUGAGAAGGAUCUGACAAUCCCUGAAUCGAGCACAGUGAAGAGAAUGAUGACUGGCACCAUGGCUGGCUUUAAAUGGCCACCGAGUGUAAGCGAGCCUGUGAAAGAUGGCGACCCUCAUUUCCAUCACUUCCUGCUUAGCCAGACAGAGAAGCCGACUGUUUGCUACCAAGCCAUCACAAAGAAGCUGAAGGUGUGUGAAGAGGAAACAGGGUCCACGUCUAUCCAGGCAGCAGACAGCACGGCUAUCAAUGGCAGCAUCACUCCCACAGACAAGAAGAUAGGGUUCCUUGGCCUUGGCCUGAUGGGGAGUGGCAUCGUGUCCAACUUACUAAAAAUGGGUCACACUGUCACGGUCUGGAACCGGACUGCUGAAAAGUGUGAUUUGUUCAUCCAGGAGGGGGCAAGGUUGGGAAGAACCCCCGCUGAAGUGGUCUCCACCUGUGACAUCACUUUCGCCUGCGUAUCUGAUCCAAAGGCAGCCAAGGAUCUGGUGCUUGGUCCUAGUGGAGUUCUCCAGGGUAUACGUCCAGGAAAGUGCUACGUGGACAUGUCCACCGUGGAUGCAGACACUGUUACAGAACUGGCUCAGGUGAUCGUAUCCAGGGGUGGUCGCUUCCUGGAGGCACCAGUUUCAGGGAACCAACAACUCUCUAAUGAUGGCAUGCUGGUGAUACUAGCCGCCGGUGACAGGGGCUUAUAUGAAGACUGCAGUAGUUGUUUCCAAGCAAUGGGGAAAACCUCUUUUUUUCUAGGGGAAGUGGGCAACGCUGCCAAGAUGAUGCUGAUUGUGAACAUGGUCCAAGGAAGCUUCAUGGCCACAAUAGCAGAAGGACUAACUCUGGCUCAAGUGACUGGUCAGUCGCAGCAGACUCUUCUGGAUAUCCUCAACCAGGGACAGCUCGCCAGCAUCUUCUUGGACCAGAAGUGCCAAAACAUUCUGCAAGGAAAUUUUAAACCAGAUUUCUACCUGAAAUACAUCCAGAAGGAUCUCAGAUUAGCCAUUGCACUAGGCGAUUCUGUUAACCACCCAACUCCCAUGGCAGCUGCAGCCAAUGAGGUCUACAAACGAGCAAAAGCAUUGGACCAAUCUGACAAUGACAUGUCUGCUGUGUACAGGGCCUACAUCCACUAGGCUACCCCAUUCUUGUUAAUACCAUGAUUAUUAAUUAUGAUGAUGAUGAUGAUGAUGAUGAAUACUGGGUUUUAACUCUGGACCAGUCCAUCUCUGUCUCUCUGUCUCUCUCUUUUCUUCCCCCCACCUCUCCUCAAUUGUUUUUCCUUUUUUAAAAUACAAAAACUCUUCUGGGAUCUGCCACAAGGGCAGAUACUACAGCAAGCCUUUCUGUGCCAGCAGCAGCAAGAGUAGGAGGGAAAGGGCUUGGAUCAUUGCCUUCUUAACAACAAAUUAUACCACAUUCUCAGAGUCACAGAAUGGAAUCGGCUGCAGGUCAUCUCAGAAACCUUGAGGUGACUCUUGCCAGGAAGUCUGCUGCUUGGCUUCUUCUGGUGUUCACUUUUGUACCAGUGUCCUCAAGAGGUUGUUUGUUUGUUUUUAACUGCUGUUUCACUUAUUUGCUGUGGGUAAUGUGUUCAUUGUCCUCUCUAAUGCACUAGGGACAAUUGAAAGAAGGCUGUCUCACCUGCCUGUGAACCUGGGUGGCUCAGUCACUGGCCCCCUAGAUGCUGAUGCACUACAGCUUCCUCAAGCAAGAUCAGUGGCCCAGUCAUGAUGGGAGUUGUUGUUCAGCAACAUCUGGAGGGCCAGAGAUUUCCCACACCUGGUCUAGACCCUGGGAACCUGGCUCCCCUUUUUUUUCCUAGGAGGGAAGCAGUCACAAUCAAGAAGGCGACAGGGCUAAAAUUGUAGUUUCGGAUAUUCCCCGCCUCAGUAUCUCAGUGGGCUUAGUUUUUAGCGUACACAGGAUCCAGCAUAUGCCUGUGGCACUUGGAUAUGCCAAAUGCAUUGAGAACAGCCUUUGGCUUUCCAAGCAUUGUUAAACUCCAAAUCCAAGGCAGUCUUGGAACAAAUAGAUUUUUGUCCCCCAGCAUCUGGAGGGCACAGAUUUUCUAUUGUUGAUUUAAAGACUCCAGCUCCCAAAAGGUUAAUCCAGUCUUGAAUAUUGCUGUCAAACCCUAUUGCUUUUUAUAAUUCAGAAAAUGAACUGGUAUGUGUUUUAAUGAGUGAAGGUAGAAACUUUGGUGUCUUCCUUUUGUUUUAUGUCCUGAGAGCAUGCACAGUAUGCACACACCCAAUCUUCUGUGGCUGUUAGUGUUGGCAAAGAUUAUUAGGAUUCUUCUCAUGUUGCCAGAGAGCCAUAGGGCAAGGUAAGAUAAAGUGGCUUCAGGAAGACGCAAAAUCUAAACCCAGAAUCUUGACUUCCUUGUUUCCCUUUCUGUAAAACUGGAGGAGAUAUGCCUAUUUGUUGGCAAUAACUUUAAUACAGCCUAAUAAACUCUGCUUGCAUGAAUGGCAGUGACAACAAGCUUUGAA